GAUAUUGUCAAUGGUGUAAUAACACGAGCGAGAGGGGGAUACCUGGAUUUCUGAGUUUACACUAAAAUAUCUGUAAUUCGCAGUGCAGACUAGACCAGACUAUACCGCGGGACGUUGAAAUCUGGGUCAGGACGGCGUUGAGGAAUGGUUCGUAAAACGCCGCGGCCGUCUUUCUCUGUCCAUGGUGCUGUUUGAAUGAUACAUUCCUGAUCAGCACCACCGUGGAAGGAAGGCAGCAGUCCCUGAAUAGCUUGAUCAAACGGUGAGUUGUGAAGACCAGCAGGAAACAUGGAGCUGAGAGUGGGGAACAAGUACCGUCUCGGCAGGAAGAUCGGGAGCGGCUCUUUUGGAGACAUUUACCUGGGUGUUAACAUCGCCACGGGUGAGGAGGUGGCCAUUAAGCUAGAAUGUGUGAAGACCAAACACCCACAACUCCACAUCGAGAGCAAGUUCUACAAGAUGAUGCAGGGAGGAGUGGGCAUCCCAUCCAUAAAGUGGUGUGGUGCAGAGGGAGACUACAACGUGAUGGUGAUGGAGCUGCUAGGCCCCAGUCUGGAGGACCUGUUCAACUUCUGCUCCCGCAAGUUCAGCCUCAAGACUGUCCUGCUGCUGGCUGACCAGAUGAUCAGCCGUAUUGAGUACAUCCACUCUAAGAACUUCAUCCACAGAGAUGUGAAGCCUGACAACUUCCUGAUGGGCCUGGGCAAGAAGGGUAACCUGGUGUACAUCAUCGACUUUGGCCUGGCCAAGAAGUACCGUGACGCCCGCACACACCAGCACAUCCCCUACCGCGAGAACAAGAACCUGACCGGCACCGCACGCUACGCAUCCAUCAACACACAUCUGGGGAUAGAGCAGUCUCGUCGUGAUGACCUGGAGUCUCUGGGUUAUGUCCUGAUGUACUUCAACCUGGGCUCUCUGCCCUGGCAGGGCCUCAAGGCCGCCACCAAGAGGCAGAAGUACGAACGCAUCAGCGAGAAGAAGAUGUCCACCCCUAUCGAGGUGCUCUGCAAGGGAUACCCCUCUGAGUUCUCCACCUACCUGAACUUCUGUCGCUCUCUGCGAUUCGAUGACAAGCCAGACUACUCGUACCUGAGACAGCUGUUCAGAAACCUGUUCCACAGACAGGGCUUCUCCUACGACUACGUCUUCGACUGGAACAUGCUCAAGUUUGGGGCCAGCAGGACAGCCGAAGAUGGGGAGAGGGAGAGGAGAGAGGGAAAGGAGGGGGAUGAGAGGAUCGGAGGGGGACCCCGUGCCCUACCCCCGGGCGGCAACCCCCUGGGCGGCGUAGACAGGAUCCGAAAUGGCCCCAAUGCAGCAGCCUCUAAACCUGCCUCCAGAGGAGUCCCCCAAUCAGCGAACCGGUCCCCGCAGGCAGUGUCCCGUGCGGAGCGAGAGAGGAAGGUGGCCAUGAGGCUCCACCGCGGCGCCCCCGCCAACAUCUCCUCCUCUGACCUCACCGCACAGAUGGGCCAAUCACGCAUUGCCACAUCACAGGUCAGUGUGCCAUUUGAACACCUGGGGAAGUGAGCUGCUCCUCUGGCCCUCUGGAUACUGGCAGCCAUGGUAGCGGGUAUCAAUACCUACUCAAUUACUUUUGAAAUUGUUGGAUUAAAAAACAUGAGUGGGUCAACUACACUGAAGACGGAUUAAAGAUGGAAGACAGAAGAGAACAAAAGGAGAGGAAGUUCCAAUGGAUGUGAGAAGUGAACGCCUGUCCAAUAUGACUGUAGUUAACUGGGAGAAAAUGUGAAAAGAUGAACAAUUGACAAGUGAAAGACACUCUCUUGGCCUAGCCUUGCUUCCCAGGCUUGUGAGACCUUCCCUUCAGCUGGUGAAUGAGUCCUGGUUCACUCUCAUUAUGCCCGCUAUAUGAUCCGUGGGACCAUUCACGUCUCUCAGAAGCUCAAUGCGCAAAACAACAUGCACAUGUCAGUACAAAAUGGACAAAUUCUGAUUAUUCUAGCUGUUUUCAUCGCUGAGGUGGUGUUGUAUGGGCAAAUGUGUAGGUUAAAAAACACACAGUCGAAACCGUUUGUCUCACGUUGAAUGUCCAAUUUAUGACAGCUACAUUUAGAGCUAAAGUGUGUGUUUAUAAUCCAAAAAUAAUAAUAAUAUCUGGGAAUAUUACAGAGGGUCAAGUAGUCAGCAAGAAGACAUUUGGGGGAAAUGGAAGAUAUGCAGAGAGAGAGGUAGGAAGAGAUGUGGAACAACAUUGUUCAGGAAUGGGAAAGGGGAUGAAUAGGAAAGAAGUGAAUGAAUGUGAAAGUGUUUGAAUCAGAGUUGCUUAGAGAAGUAGGGUUGAAUAUAGUCAAUGUCUUAUUGUCUUACUGUUUGUUUUUCGUACUCUUGGUUUCAGCAAGACAAGCACCGACCACGAGUCAGAGGAGGAAGGGGAUUAUAGGAGACUUAGAGAGAUGGACUGUCACCCAUUUUCUCUUAACGUCUUUGCUGUUUAUGAAUUCCUGAAUAAGAAUAAUUAUGAGUAGAUUUUAACCAAGCAUUAAACAAGGACAUUUUGGUUGUACAACACUUCCUGUUAACAUUAUUGACACAUUUACGUUGAGGUUUCACUCCCCUCUGCGGUGUGUGUGUGUGCUCACAGUAUUGUAUUACAUUAGUCAACAACAGAGAGCUAAUAACAUCCCUUCAAAUGAUGGUGGACCAUGUAAUAAAGGACCUUCUUAUCAUUAAGGAAGGAAAUUUGUUAUUUA